AUGGAGAUCAGGCAUGAUCUUUUCAACCGGGAGUGGGAGCUGAUGACUGGGAGGAUCGAGAAUGUCAUGCGGAAUAUGAACACUGUGGUUUUAUCGGCCAUCUACAACUUUGUCCACAACGCCUACUCUCGUCAGUCCAGCAACGCCGCAAUGCCAUUCUUAGAGCUGCCCACAGGAUUGAUCUUUGCAGGAAUCAAUGUCCCGGAUCAUGACCUUCUCUUUCAGCAGAUCGCCCAGACAAUAUCAUCUUCAGUACCACCCUCAUCAGGACCUCUGGAAGCAGAGGAUAUGGAGCCGGACCACAAUAAAACAGCUUCUGCCAGCUCCGCGAGUCAUGUUGUUAUCCUGCAGUCAAAGGAUUGCACCAAUCUGAAAAGUGCCCAAAAGUCCAUGAUCGAGCAGUUCCUUGGGCUAGGAAUUGCAGGAGCCACCAACCCAUUGGAGGGUGGAACGAGGCUGCAGAACUACGAUAUGCUUGUCCUGGAACGAUGGUACCAGUCAUUAUGCGAAUCCGACGACGGUGCGGGCGAGGAAAGGAAACAGCCGACGUUGGUCGUUAUCCUGCAGGACUUUGAAAGUUUCGAUUACGACACCCUCCAGGACUUUAUCACGAUCUGCAGCAACUACCAGGACAGAAUACCGUUUGUCUUGCUGAUGGGAUUGGCGACUUCAAUUGAUGCGCUUCACCAGGGGUUGCCCAAGGCAGUGCUGAGUAGACUGCAAACCAGGAAGUUCCAAAUGCAGCAGUCGUCCGAGUGUCUGACAGCGAUUAUCGAGGACUUGUUUAUCCAUGCUAACUACAUUGUAAUGCAUCACUUUUACGCCAACCCAUUGAGUAUCCUAUGUGACCGGUCACUCACAGCACAGAGCAAGGCACUGGAUCUUUUAACAUACGUGGAAGGCAAGUUGGAGGGUGACCCACAGGAAGCGGAGAUGUUGAUCUUGGACGACGAGUUCUUGGUGCAGCAGAUUCCGGAUUUGGUUCAGGGCCUGUGCGAAUAUCAUCAAAACUUUGGGAUGAUCUUUGACUUUUUGUGGUUCCUUCAGACCCGGUUCUCGAUUUCAUUGCUCAAGAAACCCAAGCGAGCACUCUACUUUAUGGCGCUCGAGGGCAGUCUUAUCAACUCGAGUCACAUCCCGUUCUUGCAAAAUUGGCUGCAGCUCUUCAAAGAGUCGCCACGAUGUGUACCAAAGGAAUCGACGGCGCUGGAGAAUGCCAUGGACAGAGAACUGAUUGUGGUGCAGAGUAUUCGGGACCGGAUGGGAGCUCUCUUGGACAUCGUCAGCGAGGAUUCUGUCACCAGCAGCAGUGAGGUUGAGGACAAUGGUGAGGAGGCAGAAGAAUCCUCCAAGACGUUGAGUGGAGGAUUUGUGAAGAAGCGGAAACUGGUCAGUUUGAAUGUGUACGCACACGAGACUGAUGGUCGACAGACCAGGAUUGCAAAGAAGACGCGUGAGACUACCAGGAUACCCAAGGGCGCUUUAGGAGCAUACACGUUACUAGUUAAGGAGAUUGACGAGACCAUUUCACGACUCUUCAGGUAUCUUUCUUCACGCGGUCCGGAUGUUUACGUGUCCACCUUAAGUACUGACGUUGUAUAA